AUGACCCAAAUCCACCUAAUUAGUCCUAUACCUGAAAUUGAUCUUGUGGUUGUGAAGAUAACAGAAGACAAAUUCUUUUGGAUAACUAUAAUUAAUUUAUACAUACCACCUACAUGUUUAAUUAAUGAUUAUGCUGAAAUUUUUGAUUAUAUUAAAAAUACUGUAGACUUUACCCAUCCUGUAUUAAUAUUGGGAGAUUUUAACAUUCCAGAACUGAAUGAGUGUACGCUUGGAAAUAGAACAACUGGUUUUUACAAUACUUAUAAUAAUUUCAUAACAUUAAAUGACUUAAAACAGAGUAAUGCAAUUGUCAAUGUAAACAAUAGGUUACUGGAUCUGGUCUUAUCAAAUAAUCAAUUGAAUACUGAAGUAAUUAGGGAACCAUUACCACUUCUACAAGAAGAUGUGCAUCAUCCCUGCCUGAGAAUUUUUAUAGAGAGUGUUAAGCCAAACAACACGUUCUUUGAAGGUAACGGACACAACAUUAGGUUUAAUUUUAAAAAAGCCAAUUUUCCUCAAUUGUAUGCUGAAAUCGCAGCUAUUGACUGGACCGUAAUAAAUAACAUUAACAAUGUGAACUUAGCAUGCGAUUAUCUAUACGAUACUUUAUACAAAAUCUUCUCGAAGCAUGUUCCGACUUGUAAGUUCUCAAACUUGACCAAUACAUAUCCCGUUUGGUUUACUAAAACGAUAAUUGACAAUAUAAAAUUGAAAAAACAUUAUUGGAAUAAAUAUCGGAAAACUAAAUCUCCCCACAUCUUGGAAAAUCUUAGAUGCUUAAGACAACAAAUUAAACGUGACAUUCGUAAUAAUUAUGACAUCUUCCUGCGUAAUACACAAAAUUCUAUAUUAAAUGAUCCCAAAACGUUUUGGUCUUUUGUAAACUCCAAGAAAAGAACAACCAGCAUACCAGGAGUUGUAGUACAUGAAGAUCAAGAAUUUUCAUCUUCUCAAGCAAUUGUCAAUGUUUUUGCUCAGUUUUUUGCGGGUGUUUAUAUAAAACAUGUAUGUGAAGAUGUCUGUGUAAGCAAGGACGUAAGCAAACAGUGUGAAUUUUGUAAGUUGUCUUGCUGUCCUUCGCUUGAGUACGAUUUAAAUGACUGUGGUGGUGUUAACAUGAUGCACAACUUUAAGAUUGAUGAAGAUAUGAUAGUUAGAGCGGGUAAAAAACUAAAGAGUAACAGUGUUAGUGGUCCUGACAAUAUUCCGGCCUUCAUUGUUGUCGAUUGUAUAAGAAGUUUUGCGGCUCCGUUAGCGCGAAUAUUCAACCUAAUUGCACUGAAGUCAGAAUAUCCUGUAGUGUGGAAGCAAUCGAGAGUGUGUCCUAUUUUUAAAUCUGGGGACAAAGGGUGCGUAAAAAAUUAUAGGCCGAUAGCAAUUUUAUCAAAUUUCGCUAAGUUAUAUGAAUCCAUGUUGAGCAAUAUCAUAUACUCUCAUGUCAAUAAUAUGAUUAUGCCUGAGCAACAUGGAUUUGUUAAGGGAAAAUCGACAGCAACAAAUUUGUGUGAAUUUACUAAUUUUAUUUCACAAGAAUUAGAUAAAGCUAAUGAAGUUGACGUUAUAUAUACAGAUCUGUCGAAGGCAUUUGAUAAGGUUCACCACUGCAUUCUAUUAAAAAAACUUAGAAAUUUUGGCUUGUGUGACGGAUUAGUUUCUUUGAUGCAAUCUGUUAUAACAAAAAGAGUGCAAUAUGUAGAAUAUAAGGGUUUUGUCUCAGGGAGUUUUUGUGCUCAUUCAGGUGUUGCCCAGGGUUCGAAUUUAGGACCGCUAUUGUUCAUUUUGUUCUUUAAUGAUGUGUUAGAUAACAUUAGUUCUCAUUCAUAUCUGUAUGCUGAUGAUAAAAAAAUUGCUAAAGUCAUUAAUUCAUAUGAUGAUUGUCUUGAACUGCAACAGGACUUAGAUAAUUUCAUUUAUUGGUUUUUAGGCAAAAUUCUGGAAGUUUGCAUGAAAAACCAAUUAGUUGACUAUUUAGAAAGUAACCAAUUAAUUCAUCCUUCCCAAUUCGGUUUUAGACAUAAUCUUUCAACAACUCUUGCUGUUAAGACAAUCUGUGACAUCAUAUUAGCUACAUUUGAAUCCAAAGAAUAUGCUUCUGUUACUUGUUAUGACCUUUCUAAAGCUUUUGAUCGUGUCGAUCACGACAUUUUAUGCACAAAGUUAAAAUGGCUUUCUAUUGAUCAAAAUUCCAUAACUUUCCUUGAAUCCUACCUCCGUUGUAGAUGUCAGUUUGUUUAUGUUAAUGGUGACAAAUCAGACACAACGUAUAUUAAGAAAGGUGUUCCACAAGGAUCAGUACUGGGUCCCAUACUUUUCCUUAUAUAUAUUAAUGACUUGCCACAAGCUGCACCAACUGGCAAAAUAACUCUCUUUGCAGAUGAUACUACAAUUACUAAUACCAGUGAUGAUAUUGCAAAGCUAAGUAAUAAUGAUAAUGUUUCUAAUGAAUAUUUUACUAGAUGGUCAUUAAGACAUUAG